UUAUUACACGCAGGAGGGAUCAUGAGUCUCUCUGUCCUUGUCCUGCUCUCAGUCUGUCUGACGGGAGUCGCUUCCCUUGGCAGGGCUGGAGGAUGGUCGCCAUUGGUGACGGUCAACCUUGACCCUUCCAACUCGAUAUACGGCGUCGUCCAGUUUGCCGUGGACGAAAUCAACAGCUGGUACGCUGCUCAGGGCGACAACAACGUGCGAUACCUGAAAAAUGUCGCCUCCGCCAAAUCACAGAUAGUUGCUGGUGUGAAGUACAACUUCGUGUUAAAUCUAGACGACGGUUCACAGUGUGACGUCACAGUAGUGCACGCGGCAUGGGAAACCCCAAUGUAUACUUUGGUGCCACCUAUUACAUGUAAACAGGUAUGAUCUGCUCAAGACGAAAGACUUGCAGACGUAAAUCAGAGCUGCACCGAGAAUAAAAAUAAAAUUGUUUUAUUAAACUG